UGAAGGGAUUUUUUGGUGAUGUGUUCACUGCUGAAUUUUUUGAUACACUUUGGCUUCGAUUUACUUUGUACAAUGUUUUGACUUACCUUUUUUGAAUUUGUGGGCGUUUAGUGAGAUUAAGAUAUCAGAAUUUUCGUGCUGUCUAAUAUACAUCAAAUGAAAUGUGUUUUUCAGAGUGUGACGUUUUAAAAACUGGACUGUCUUCACUAAGUUUUUAAGAGGGCAAGGUGAAGGCGGUGGUAGCGAGCAUGUUCGCGGGGCUGAAGAACAAGAUCAAGGAGGAGACCGGCAGCGACCCGACCUUGCUGCCGCCCCUCCCGGCGCAGAAGGGCGCUCUCUCCGGCAGCAGGGGCCGGCACUCGAGGCGGGAAUCCGGGUCGAGCGUGGGGAGCGCGUCCCUGGACGGGGUGCAGGAUGACCGGUGUGCCUCCCCCGUCGGCCUCGCCUGUCAGGACGGCUCGGAGCUGCGGCUGGCGGACGGGAAGGUAAUCACUCCAAAAGAAAUUAAGAAGCUAGAGAAACGUGAGGAAGAAUGGAGAAAAAUACUCCAAAAGAAAGAGGAAGAAUGGAGUAAGAAAUUGGAGAAAAGAGAGGAAGAGUUCAAGAAACUGAUGUGUGAGAAGGAAGAAAGCUGGGCUAGAAGUACAGAGAUUCUGGAGAAAGAAAAAUCGGUUCUUGAGGAAGAGAAGUUGGAUGUGAUUAAGCAAAAACUGAGUCUCGAAGAAAACUUGAGAACAGCUGAAGAAUAUAAAAAGAAGUUUUUUCAGUAUCAGGAAGAUAUUGACCAAUUAGAAGGUUUUCAAACUCAGGAAAUGGCAAAAAUUAAACACUUGCUGCUUGUGAAAGAACAGGAGGUUGCUGAGAAAGUUAAUACAUUGAAGGAAAGUGCAGCACAGAUUGAAAAUCUGAAAUCUGAAGUGAACAGAUUGCGGCGUUACGAGGAGGAAUUCAGCAAUUUGCAAGACGACAUGGAGUCCCUGCGGCACUCGUCGGACCGGGAGCGCAGCCAGCUGGCCAGCAAGCUCGCGCAGAGCGAGGAGGAAGUGCGGCACCUGCAGGACCGCGUGGCGCUGCUGGAGCAGCGCACGAACGCAGACUGCGCAAGCCUGGGCGCAGAGCUGACGGUGGACGAGCGCGUGCAGGCUCUCCUCGGAGAGCGCACGCUGCUGGAGCGCCGGCUGGAAGAGGCCCACCUCCACCUCUCCGACAUCAAGACGUCGUGGAGCGAGAAGAUCGCGUCGCUGGAGACGCAGGUGGGGCGGCUGUGCCGGCAGGCGGGGGAGGAGGGGGUGGAGCGUCGGCGCGCGGAGAAGGAGCGCGACGCCCUGUUGGAGCGCAUCAAGGCGCUGGAGGUGAUAGUGGAGCGCGGGCGGUCGGCGGUGCGCGAGCGGGACGAGACGCUGGCCCGGGCGCGUGAGGAGAGGGACGCGCUGGCUGACGAGCUCAAGGAGGUGAAGGCAGAGCAUGAUCGCGAGGUGGAAGAGCUGCAGCGACAGAUCGAGGCUGCGUCUGCAGAGAGCGAGGUGAUGAAGAGCCGCUUGGAAGAACUCGAGAAAGAAGUUGAGGAACUCAAAGAGCAGUGCACUAAACUCAGUACUUCAUUGGAGGGUGAGAAGAACAUGAACACUUCUCUGGGUGAGGAUGUGACGCAGUUGAGAAGGAAUCUGGACGAUGAGAAAACCCGCAGUUCAGACCUGAGCAUCCAGUUGCAGAAGGAGCGAGAUGAAAAAGACGUGGUGCUGAUGCGAAAUGCGGAGGUGGGCCAGCAGGGGGAGCUGGCCCGGCAGCAGCUGCGGGAGCAGGAGCGGGAGCUGGCGGAGCUGCAGCAGCGGGCGUCCGGCCUGGAGCGCGACCUGGCCCAGAGGGACGGCCAGCUCGACCAGCUGGCCCGGAGGCUGCGGGACCUGGAGGGGCUGGAGCACGACAAGCAGGCGGCCGCCGCCACGGAGUACGCCCUGCGCCAGGGCGUGGCCCAGCUCGAGGAGCAGCUGGCCGACAGGAACAAGCAAAUCAAGGUGCUGCAGCAGCGGCUGGGGGACAUGAAGAAGACGCUGCAGCGGGAGCUGCGGUGCCCCUCGCAGGGCCUGGACGGCGACGCGGAAGCCCCCCCGCCCCCGGCCCCCGCCCCGGCCGUGCUGGACCCCUCCUCCAGCCGGCAGCUGCAGCACCGGGCCCACCAGCGCGGCGGCGACGACGUCAACUUCACCUACCUCAAGCACGUGCUCAUCAAGUUCCUGACCAGCCGCGAGUGUGAGGCCCAGCACCUGACCAGGGCGGUCUCCACGCUGCUGAGGUUCUCCCCGGAGGAGGAGCGUCUGCUCCGGGAGACCCUGGAGUACCGCAUGUCGUGGUUCGGCACGCGACCGCGACUCGGCAACGGGCAGACCGCCAAAGCCAUCCCGCCCAGCUGAUGAGCGCACCAGGGCACCCGUGUGUAUUUUACACGAACGUUAGCGAGUAACCGCAACUGAGACGCUGUUGGUUUAGUUCAGGGCUGUCCGAUUUCAAUACAACACAGGGCUGUGUGUAUGUGUUUUAUUUUAUUGGUCAGGUGUGGCCUGCAAACACCCAUAGAAAAUUACCUAUUUUGGCUGUUAAAUGACAUAAACAUACAUUCACUAUCAUUAAUAAUGUUAUUAUUUGGCUGCAGUUGACAUAAAUUAAGAACAGUGAUUUUUUUUAAGAGUUCUUAAAUUAUGAAACUUUUAUUUUACACACUGGUUACGGCAGUGUGUGUUAUUUGUUUAGGUUUAACUUUGAAAUCUUGUGCACAGAGGCUUAAGGAGAUGAAUCUCCAAGAUUAUAGUGGGCCCCGAAAUAUGUGGGUACCAACUCGGUGCUCACGAGUCAUGCCGGGGUGUUGGGAUCGAACACAGGACGCUCACUAUAUGAGGCCAGAUAGUUUGGCUUUCGCUGCCACCGUGAACCCUACAUCACAACCUACAGUAUUGUACAGAAUGUCCAUAAAAGAAUGUCUAAGCGUCAAUGGUAUAUUGUAACAGUUUAAUUUAGACUAUUUACAACAGAUCAUACAUCAAAUUGAAGAUAAACUAACCUAGUUUGGCUUAUAAAUGUUCAAUAUGUGCACCUUUAGUUACAUGACACACAGCCAAUCUAAACUAAAAAUUUUCUCGCACUUUGGUUAACAUGUCUGGAGUAAUGGAAGCAAUAGCCUCUUCAAUUCUGUAUCUCAACUCUGACAAAUCAUUAUAUAACGGCGGAACAUAGAUGCAAUCUUUUAUAAAGCCCCAAAGGAAAAAAAAUUGCAUGGUGUUAAGUCAGGUGAAUGUGGAGGCCAGCGAAUAAGAGCUCUGUUUUUGUCAACCAUUACGGCCAAUCCAACGGUCAAGGACUUAAACUAAAUGCACAAUGAACUGAAAUUACACAUUCACUCUUAGCAAAUGGCAGAACACAAAAUGCUUUGUGCUCAGGAGUCGCCACUUUUCGUAGGUGACGCUGCAAGCGAGAAAACAACAAAGCAGUUCCUGUUCAUGCACUUAUCUAAAAUUGUUUGUGUUACUCUUUAAUUGUGACCCUGAACCAAAACUCUACAGUGCCUACAGUUGUUACUAUUAAAUUUUAUAACUGGGGCAUUCUCUUAAAUAUUUAGGCCGCACAAAAACUGGUGGGGGACCGCAUUUGGCCCACAGGCCGCUUACUGGACAGCCCUGGUCAAGCUUGUUUCUUGAUGCAGCUGUAUUAAUGGAACAUGUGUGUGGUGAGGUACCAUUUAUUUUGUUGUGGUGGAGGCUGUGUGUUUCUAGUGCAUUCUUCCAUCUCAGGUGGGCAUUGGCUGCAUAUCAUAUUUUAUUGCAAAAGAUCUUUUAAUGUGCACGUCUUUUUUGUUUCUGCGUGGGUUGAAAAGUACAUUGUGUACCAGGAUGAUCAACAGCUCUGACAUUGCUAAAUUCAGCUCAGCAUUAAAUUAAGUCAACUAUACGUCAGAGUUAGUAGGUUUCUAGUGAAUACGAAAAUAAAAAAAUAGAACUAGAAAAGUUACUUUAAUCUGUCCAGAGAUGAAACCACUUUUUAUUCACUCUUUAUCUUGGCUUGAUUGUAGUUUUGAUUUAUUAAUAAUUUCUUUUUGUUUAUCUCUUACCAAUAUUAGAUUUGGAAGAGAUAAACGAAGGUAAUGCUGCCUUCAGACUUGGUGUACAUAUGUUAUAUUCUCCAUUGGAUAGCUACGAACACAAUUGGAAAAAAAAAAAGUAUUGGCUGGAAGAAGUAUAAAAAAUAUCAGAAGUAAUGGUAAUGAUUAUUGUGAUGUUCAUGUGUGGAUUUUAUGAUGGCAGCACUAUUCCAGGCUGGAUGUGUUUAAAAAAAGCCAACUAUCAAUAGUGUUGAUGAAUUAUAUUGAGUUUUGUUGAUUUGACGUGUAUCUAAUCAUUAAAAAAAUUUUUUAUUGUAAUUUCGUUGUUUCCUAAACAAACUAAAUUUUUAAAACAUUUAUAUCUUUGUAAUUAUUACAUCUUUUACUACUAGUUAAAGUACAGUAACACUCUGUAUAUAUGUACAUAAAUUAAUAAUUUUGUAGUAUUCACUUUCUGAGUUUACUAUUUUUGUUGCAGACAGUGUGUAGAAAACAUUCACAACCAAACUAUUUUCAUUAUGAAUGAUUUUUUAUAUAAUUUUUUGUCAGUGUAGGAAAUAAAGUUGUAACAACAGUAGCAUUAUUUUGUAUUUUAUGUUAGAAUUAACAUUACACUUUUUUGCUAUGUACAACAUAGUGUUUUGUAUAACUGUGUAUUUGCUUUAAAGUCUUAACUAAAGCAUCUCAAAUAAUAUAUUGGCUUUUAUUUUGUUGAAGAGAAAGUCUUAAACCAUAUUAUUUUUAGUAUGUCUUCACAGGAUGAAAAGCAAAUUAAUCAAUGGAAGAAAAUGUAAAAUCAUUUCUUGACUUCACUGCUUUGGAGAAAUUUCUUUGUUAAUGGUUGUUUUCUGUAAAUACGUAGCAUGUUUUAAGCCAGUGGUCCACAAAUGUAUACAAAUGUGUGUCAACAAAAUAUUUUACUGGAUGUGUUAUCCAGUGACCCUUCUCCAUGGUUGUGUAUUAUUGUAUUGUUCAUAUUUGUGUCUCCCACAAACUGGGCUGCGAAGUUCAGGGCAGUGGCUGCAACCCUGAGUUUUGGAACCACUGUUUUAAGCAAGACUGGACAAAAGAAAUGAAAUGGGGUAGGUGGACGGCAAUGAACUGCCAAAUAUUCUUGGAAAGUUAGUGACAGCCAUUAAGUUUGACGCUGGAACCAAACUUGGGCUGUUUUGACAGUGAUAAACUUAACGCUCCCUCCACUGACGCUUCGUGAACAAGGCAGAAGUUGACUGCUGCUUAAUUUCUGUCUCCUUUCCUGUUCUUGCUGUCUUUGCCACCGUAUUUCAUCACUGUGUUGUUCUAGACCAGUGGUUCUCAAACUUUUUGAAGUCUAGGAAUAUUUUAAAUCCUACAAAUAAUUAUAGGCUCACCAUAUAUAAAUUUGUGACAAAUAUUCUACAAUAAUUUAGUCAAAUAUUACAAAAUGUGGUAAAAAAUUAAGCAUGCCUUGUUUACGAACAGUAAAGAGCGACUGCAGUGCCGUAUGCAACAUAAAGCAAAACCUGUAGUAUUUCAAUUACAAAUAAUGUGUUAGUUAAAGUAUGGUAUAUCCAUAAAUAAAUGGUAUGAUGGAGUAACAAUAUUUAUUUUUACAUCUGGUCACUACAGGGCACAGCAGGAAGUUUAUUAGGGUGCACUAGUGCACCCUGGUGCACAGUUUGAGAACCACUGUUAUAGCGUGCCACUGUUUCUCAUUCAAGGAUAAUUCCAUCCGGCGUAUCCCACAUCCUCUUUGUGCAGGUUAUUUGAUUCUAUGUUGCAUAAUAUUUGUAGCAUUGCCAUAAAAGCACUUAUAACUUAGGUAUAUUUACUGCAGUGCAGUCAAAAAUUGAUUCGUGCGGAAAAUACAGUGUUUCUGAUAUUAAUAUCAGACAAGAAAAAAAAAUUAAGAAAGGUUUUUACUGUUAAUACGGGUUACUUUGUCUCAGACCGAAAAUCUAUGUUUUUGUAACAAGCUGAUUGCUUCAGGUUCACUUAUAACUUGCGAUUCCACCAGCCCGGUUACCGAUGGAAGAUCAUACAUAGUAAUACUUGUUAGAAAACCUUUAUUAGUGAUUUUGUUAAAAAAAAAUGUUUUUCAAAAAUUGUCAGUGUGAACUAAUAUAGAAAAAAAGUAUUUUUUUUUUUUAGUGAUGUGAGACUACAUACUUUCUAAUUUUAACAAGUGUGCUCCUUUGCCCCAAGAUGUUUUACAGUGUGUUGAGUAGGAAUAUUUGUCUUUACCUUACUCCUGGUUAACUUCAGCCGAAAGUAACUCCAAACGUAAAAUACAAACAAAAACAUAAUUAAAAAUAAUAAACUACUGACAAAAUGCAUUUAUACGAACAAUAACCCAGCAAACAAAGUGAGAACCCAUAAAAACAUACAUAAACUGUUUUUCUGAAAGGUUGGUGGAGGGGGGACCAACUAAAUAUCAAAAUUAAUUGUGAAAAUAUUAUGAUAAAAUAGAACUAUGGAAAACAAGGUAACUAUGAUUUCAGCUCAUCUUAUCGGUGAUACUUACUGCAUUACUUAAAAACAUAAUGGCAAAAAAUUACUCUGCAAAGCUGGGGAGGACAGAGGUCUGUACACCACAAACCAGGAAGUAAUAUUAAAAUUCACACAGAACUUUCUAUGUAUAUAAAAAAAACUGAUAUUGCAUCUGUACUUCGAGGGCAAACAAUAAGUUAAUAGUUUUUGUUAAACGUUGUUGUUACAGUGAUGUAAAAACUAUAUUACUAAUUUUGUAGUGUUAUAUAUCCAUUUCCAAAGAUCCUAAAUUAAGUGGACUUACAAAGUACACACACUAAAUGCCAUUUUUUUAAUUACAAAAUUAUGGCCCUAGAAUCAAAAAUUACAACAUUCAAAAGGUCCUAAAUGCUAAUACUAAUGAGAAAUAGCUGAGUAUUGAAGUGGCAAGAAGAAAAUAAAUUCCUGAAGAAUUUAGUUUAGUGACUUGUGUCUCCGAGGUACAGAUAUGUUUUUUCCGAGAAAUUUUAUUGAUUAUCAUCAAAGACUGAUCUGGUCUUGUCUCUGAUGUUAAACAAUCUUUUGCUGAAAGAAGUUACAUAAAUACAAUAUCUAGAUUUUUAAUAGUUGUUUUUAACUAGUAUCAUAACAUGUAUAUCAUUGACUGCAAACUUGUAUAUUGUGAUUGGCUUUCAGGAAUAAAUUGAAGAAGAGCAGUUGACUACUUGUUCUUAAGCUUUUGUAUUUUGAAGAAAAGAAAGAGCAGUUUAUCAAUUUAUGAAAUGAUUGUCGUUUUGGUAAGGUGUGACAUACGUAAGUUUACAGUGAAAGCUCAUUACAACGUACCUGGAAAAAAAAACCUUUUCUGGUACUUAUUAAAAAAAAACUUUAUACUGACUGUUAAUAAAUGUAAAACAUCUUGUUGGGACCUGUAAGUAUAUUCUUUACAAUAAAAAAUCUUUAUAAUGAGGUUUCACUGUAUUAUAAUAAUGUAAAAUUAUCAUUCACAUUUGGUUUUUGCCAAAUUUCUAUAAAAAUUUUGUUUUUUGCCUUAAUUUUAUAUAUAUCUGUGCGUGUGUGUGUGCACGUGCGUUAACUGUUAAUUGUGUUAACUGCUCAACUAAAAUAGUGCCAAAAUGCUGGUUUGGUUCCUGUGCCAUGAACAAGAUUGAUAUUCAUGUCUUGGAUUUUGAGUGAGAACCCAUCAAACAUUAUGCUGCUGACAAUUAUUUAGUAUGUAACUUAAUAAUCUAUAGCAUUAAUCCAUUAAUGUUAAUUAGCUGAAUGGAACCUUGUCAUAAUUAAGAGUUUCUCUAAUUAUUAAUUAUUUUAGUUUCAGAUAAACAUGAAAACAAUGCAUUACUGAAGCAAUAUUUGCCAAGUUAUAGCUUUAUAGCAUUCUCACGGU